UGUGUCAUCCUGUGACUGUGAUCUGUUAACUGCAAAUCUGCAACGCAGGCCGCCAGCUAGCUAGGGCAUGCAGCACAAGCCUACGAGUCAACGAGCAUACACAUAUCUUGUAAGCUAUCUACUUUUCUCUCAUUCUCUCAAGAAUUCUUCUCUUCCAUUUCUUGGCCAGCUCUCUCAUGUACGCACGUAGCUCUCUCUGAAAAGAAGCCAUAUAUGGACCGACGUCGCCGGAAACGAGCCAAUAUCUCCAGUACUUUUGAGUCUGAAGAGGUUAGUAGCAUUGAAUGGGAGGUUAUAAACAUGACUGAACAAGAAGAGGAUCUCUUCUAUAGAAUGUAUAGACUUGUUGGAGAAAGGUGGGAUUUAAUAGCUGGCCGGAUUCCAGGCCGAAAACCUGAAGAAAUAGAGAGAUUUUGGAUAAUGAGACAUUGGGAAGGGCUAGCAGCUGGUCGAAGAAAAUUGCACAAGAAAGAGAGUCCCAGAUCAGUGUUUGCACUUUGAUUAAUUAAUAGUUUUGUCGUCUUUUAUUAAUUAACUUUAGCACAAGUUUUUAUUUAUUUAUUUUUAUUUUUUUGUCGAAACUCUGAUCGUAUGAAUAUUAAUGGAUAAUGAACAA